GAUAAUCCAUACUCAUGACAUUAGCCUAGAGGCCGCACGACUAAACAGUACUUGGCUCUUUUAGUGAGAAGAGUUGGCCAGCGUCAGUUAUGCAAUCGUUACCACAAGUUCAGCAGAGCAUCACAGCUUUGAUUUCGCUCAAAUGCGUCCUUGCUACAUUGGGCUUGGUCGUAGAGUUCAUCGUAUGCCGUUUCUUUCAUGCUGUUCCGCUAUUUCACGCGAUUGUCGAAAAGCAGAUCACGCAGAAAGCACAGUUGAAGAUGGUGAAAGAACAUUAUUGGGAUUCCUUAUUCGGAUGGCAAAUGUUCAAAGAAUGUUGGAAUAUGAAGGUCAUGGAUUUACGGAAGCAGGUUAGCGAAGGAACGGAGGUCGUGGAUUCGCCUCUUAUCAGCGCGGAUGGAACGAAAUGUGUACGCCUUUCAGAGCUUGCCCGAAUUGGACGGCCUUUGGUCCUGAACUUUGGCAGCUCAAGCUGACCUCCAUUCAUGGCGAAAUUGGCCAGGUUCAAUGAGAUCGUACGAGACUUCAACGAUCUGGCUGAUUUUGCGAUUAUCUACAUAUCUGAAGCUCAUGCCAUGGACGGCUGGGCUUUUAAGAACAACUACGAGAUUCGUCAGCAUCAAAACCUGGACGAAAGACUUGAAGCAGCGAAGCAUGUCUUGGCCAGAAACCCUCCCUGUCCUGUGUUUGUGGACUCGAUGGCAAACACUAUGAAGACGGCCUACGCUGCUCUUCCAGAAAGAUUGUAUGCGAUCGAGGAAGACAGGAUCGCAUACGUCGGAGACCUGGGACCCGAUGGUUACAACCUGCAAGAACUACGGCGAUGGUUGACGGAGUACAGAAAUAACUCAAGGCGCAGAACGUGGACGAGAUAACGGAAAGAAAAUGGACGUAUCGAAGUUUGGAUUAAAUAUGAAUGCAAUUGUAAAUACUUGGACAGGCAAUUCCCAGAAAACUGCCCGUAUUUGUGGUAUAUCUACUACAAAUGCAUAUUCUUAUAUAAUAACCAAAGUUGUAAAUAAUAAUAACAUAUAUUCUUCAAACGAAUAGGCAGUAUAUACAAUAUAUAGCCUAUUCAUUCGUUUGACAUUUAAACAGUGAACUCAAAUGGAUCGAUACUUUGCCGCCAUCUUUGAAUAAGCUGAAUUGACCGACAGUUGAGUUUGCAAAAAGAAAUUAUAAGUUGUUUAGGGGUACCUAGCUUGCUAAAAACAGCUAGAAUUAGACGAGAUGUAUUAUAUUUUUGGAUUACUUUUUAUAUAUGACCUAAAGAUUGAGUUGUUCGCUGCCGCUGGUAUCCUAGUAUUGCACAACCAUGGCUUCAUGCAAUAAUAUCGUUUCAUGCAAUAAUAUCGUUUUAAUGAUAAGUAAUCGAUCCUGUUAUUAUUGAGUUCACUGCAUGCAAGCAGUACGCAGCAAUUUCAUACGUAUACUAAGGCUUUCCUCUUUUGUGGGUGAGCCCUAGUAGUAAUUACAAAUAAUAGAUCACCAUAUUGUAUUGAUGUUAUUAUUCAUGGAACAUACGUAUGAUUGUCCAGAUAGAAACGCCAGUCAGUGCGGGUUCUGGACAUGAUGUUUUUGUGUGAUUCUGAAAAAUAUUAAAAUAUACUACAGUGAUUUAUCAAUA